UCAGUGUUCUCAGUGAUGGUUUUACCUCUCUGUUGUUGUUUAGGGAGAGGUGUGUUCAGCUGUACUGAGUUUGAUAAAGGAGACUUCCUGCUGGAAUACAGAGGUGACCUCAUAAGCAAAGAAGAAUAUGAGCGGAGGCAAAGGAUAUAUCAUGAUGCACUUAAAGUUUUCAUGUUUGAGUUUCGCUACAACGGAAAACUCCUCUGUGUCGAUGCAGCCCGAGAUGACGGUUCUCUUGGGCGACUUGUAAACGACGACCAUAUUAACCCAAACAGCAGGAUGAGGACUAUCUCUGUGGAUGGAAAACCUCACUUAUGCUUAUUUGCGACAAGGAGCAUCUCUCCUGGUGAAGAGAUCACAUAUGAUUACGGUGAUUCUGAGUGGCCAUGGCGAUGCACGGCUCAUAGUGAGGUUGAACCAUCCACUCACACUCUGUCCCAGUCAGAAGUCACAGACCUAGAGAAGGCUCGUAGUGAGGUUGAACCAUCCACUCACACUCUGUCCCAGUCAGAAGUCACAGACCUAGAGAAGGUGGCUCCAAAGAAGGACCAGUUACCAUUGGAUCAGGACUGUGUUGAGAAGAUGUCACUUGUCAAAGAGCAUGUGUUAAAUGAGGAGCAGAGCUUUUGUGCCCCUGCUGAAGGAGUUAAGGAGGUCUGCAAACAUGUUGUGGUCACUUCAGCAAUCUCAAGCAUGGACAAAUGUGCUGAAUGCGUGGGACCUGUAGCAGCACUCAAAUGGAUUGGCCUGAGAUGCAAAUUGUGCUCCAGUUUUUGGCACAAGUCCUGCUAUUCGAAGCUUCAUGAAUGGAAUGGAAAACAGUCAUCGUGGGAAGUAAGUUCAGAGGAAGAUGAGCUGUCAGAUGAGGAAUAUAUACCACAGUCUGAGUCAGACAAUCAGUCAGACAGUUCAGAUGAGUUGACAACAAGACCGGCAUGUUACGAUCAAGCUAAUCUCCUCUCAGAUAUACAGGAAGCUGCAGCCUCUAAGUUUAGUGAACCUCAGAGAUCAGAUGUAACUGCCCUGAAUGUGUCUAAGGGCAAAGGAAAAGGAGUCUUAAAGGCCAGGGAAGCAGCAAGUGUGUAUAAUGAGUCUGACUUACUUUGCCAUGAAGAGCAGUUGACUGAUGUUGAGACAGACAGUGAUUCAGACUGUUCUGGUGAACGUCACCUUCCCAGAAAGCAAGGCUCAGGUCAACAGAUGUGCUUAUAUCACCCCAAUCACACAAUAGAAAGGACAGUAGUGAGAAGUUUUUGAAUGCAAAGA